AUACCAGUUCUAGUUGUAGGUAGCCUGAUUGCCUUUACAGUCAUAUACUUGUCCGUUGCCAUGCUUACGACACCUUGGAACAUGUGGGAUCGCGGAGUUCAAGGGAGGGAAAGACCGGACACGCGACACAUUCCCAGAAUCCAAUCUUGGAAACCAGGUCAGCCACUAUCUGGUUCGAACCUUCAUUCAAACAAAACCCUGUCACUUCUGAACGAUCUUCUUCAUAAAAUCAUUAAAAAACACUACCUUCCGAAUGAUACAUAUUUUGGUUACAAUGUUUCGGUAAGUGACAAACUACAACUGUACAGAAACCUGAGUGACAAACGCAACCCUAAAUGCCGUGACAUAAAAUAUCAGUCCACGGGUCAAUUGACGGUGUCGGUUAUCAUCCCCUUCUAUAACGAAGCAUUGACGCCCUUACUACGUCAUGUGCAUACACUACUACACCGAACGCCAUCUCACCUGUUAAAAGAAAUCUUAUUGGUAGACGACAGAAGCACAUUUUCGUAUCUGGGAGCCGAUUUAGAUCGUUAUUUUGAAAUACUGGACAAGAGAAUUAGGAUACUUAGAAACAAAAAGAGAGAUGGUUUAAUAAGGACCAGAAUGAACGGUGCCAGGAAGGCCAGGGGAGAUGUUCUUGUGUUCCUGGAUGCACACAUGGAAGUGGGCGUGGCAUGGCUGGAGCCCCUUCUGGAACGAAUAGUCAGUCAGCCACGAAUUGUAGUUCAACCCGACAUACCUGACAUAGAAUACAGACAUCCGAAAACAAACAACCAUUCCGUUGUCAAUGAGGAAUCUGACAAGAAGGAACAAGAUAGCUCCAGGCCUGGCAUGUCUUGGGAAAUGAGCCAGAAUUGGUUUCCGUUCCCACCCUACCUCCACCAAGCUGGCUAUCACCAAACAGAUGCCUUUCCAUCACCAGCAUUACAAGGAUCGGCCAUUGUGGUUCGAAGGUCUUACUUCAUGAGUAUCAGAGGCUUUGAUGAAGGACUGAACAUCUGGGGAGGCGAGCAGCUGGAAUUGGCGUUGAAAGUUUGGAUGACAGGAGGACGAGUUGAGACAGUGCCAUGCUCUAUUGUUGGCCAUGUGUUUAAAGAUAACGUGAAUGUUAAAACAGACAAAGAGGAUAUUGUAGUUAUGAAGAAUGUUUUACGUAUUGCUGAAAUAUGGAUGGAUGAGUACGCAGACUUUGUGACUGCAAAUUCUAGAGCUAAUUCUCAUAAUGGACACUUGCCUACUUUGACGUCACAAGAAGUUGAAUCGAUUCACGAGGGAAGGCAUUUCAGGGAACGAAUGGGGAGCGAGAGCUUUAAAUGGUAUCUCGAGCAUGUAUUUCCUGAACUGAAAGUUCCAUCGAGGGAUGAUCUAUUGUGGGGAGAAAUCAUGAAGGAUGACAAGUGUCUUUUCGUCGUGGAUGAUACCUUUGUUGCUGUUGACGAUGUAUGCGAGUCAUACGGCAUUACUUUCAGAACAAUCUUUUCUCUAGACAAACGGGGUCGUCUCCGGAAUAAUGGCCAGUGUUUUGGCUUAGAUGCAGAAACUAUGAGCCUUUUGAUGAUCCCGUGCUGCAAAGAGGAUAUGGCUGAAUCUGCUGGUAAAUGGGAAUAUACAGAACACGAUCAGCUGAUGUACAGACGUCCUAGCGGAACAUACUGUUUAAAUUUGGUUAAGUCAGAAAACGCCAUUCGUAUGGAAUCCUGCAAAUCUACAAAUGAGCAACAGUCAUGGUCCUUUCAGUGUCGGUUUGAAUGGGAAUCAUGAACUGGAAAGCCAGGUUAAAAAACCUAGUUGAAGAUAUUGAUUUUCGAUAUCGAUAUAUACCCUUCUUGACGCUCGUAAUAUUAGAUAUAAUAUCCUGGCGAAGGGACAGAAUACCGAAGGGGCGGAAUGGGGGUCCAUAGACAUAAAAUCAAGGAUCCCAAGACAAGGAGCAUCCCCUAAAACGUUCACGUCUAUAGGUGUGCAACAGGAAUGGAAAUAAGAUUCAAGAUAUUUCUUGUUUUAAAAUUAAUACAGUUGAAAAAAAUGCAGUGUAAGGAAAACUAUUUCAUUAAAAAGAUGUGUCCAUCUUUGAAUUGGUAAACAUAUAUUUGAACUUGUAUUUACCAAUGCCGUGGAUGAGAGAGCGGGCAGACGGACGGACUGACAG